CAUAGAUGUUUAUUAUUACGUAUUUUAUGUACAAAUGGAAAAUGUUCAUAUUACAAAAACUACAAACAAGUUAGAUGUACGACAUACGCUGUAGAUCCUUAACUUAUCAUUGUGAGCCCUCGUUUGAGCUGUAGCAACCUUGGAAUACAAAGCUCGUUUUUACUUUUUGGCGGAUUUCUAUUUUUCAUUGAUAGGACAAUUUGAUGCUUUUAAAUAUUGGAAAUUUUGACACACUCGGGCGGUUUGAAAAUACCGCUUCAAGUGCUUAUAAAGUGCCGCUGUUUACUUUGGGCAUCGUCUGCUUUGAGGACACAUAACAACUUUUGAUCCUUAAUGCAUUGCAGCGUUAUGUUUCCUAUAAAGGGACAUCAGAGAUAAAUAUAAUUUUAUUCUCUGUAGUGCGCAGGUAAUACACAGUCACCGAAGAAAAAAUGGCUGCGGAGAAAAAAAAGGCAGCUGAUCUCAUGAAAUUGGAUCUUUAUGGAUUACUGGGCGUAUUGAGCGACGCUGCCGAAAAGGAUAUUAAGUCCGCCUACCGCAAGAAGGCAUUGAAAUGCCAUCCAGACAAGAAUCCUGAUAAUCCGCAGAGUGCACAACUUUUUCAGCAGCUAACCGAUGCACUGGAAAUCUUGUCAGACCCGGUCACUCGGGCCCGAUAUGAUACGCUGCUUCAAGCGAAAAAGAACGCAUUACUACGGGCUCGAGAAUUAGAUGUAAAACGGCGGAAACUUAAGGAAGACCUAGAAGCUCGUGAAAGAGGAGCUCAGGAAGUCAGGCUAUCCGAGGAUGAGCUGGAGCGACAACUACAGAGAGAUAUUGAGAAACUUCGCAAAGAGGGAUCCAAAACUCUAGAAGAAGAGAAUCGCCGUAUGCGGGAAAUGCUUCGCGAAGAGUUAACCCGUGCGCGAGAACAAGCUGUUGCGGAGAUAGAGUGCUCUAGGCUUAAAAUCAAAUGGGAUUCAAAGCUAGGCAGUUACGAUGAGCCCGAAUUGCGACGACUGCUUAAACGAUAUGGUAAAAUUGCAGUUCUGGUAGUUUCCAGAAAGAAAUCUGGGAGCGCCAUCGUCGAAUUCGAAGAAACUCGCAGUGCACAGUCGGCACACCGGUAUGAAAAGGGCCUUUCAAGGAAUCCAAUAAUGCUUAGCUGGGCGUCGGGGACAGGUCCGAAGGAGGCGCAGGCCUCGAUUAGCUCGAAAGUAACGUUUCCUCCAGGUACGGCGAGGUCGGUUCAAGACGACCUUGAUUUCGAGAAUAUGGUCCUGGCUAAGAUGCGAGCAAAGGCGCAAGAACAGUAAAUAAAGGAUUUACGCAGGUACGUGGCCGAUCAUGGCAUCCGGCUUGUAGACAGCAUGAUAGGCGUUUCGUAAGAGCGCGUAGGGAAAGCAAGACUCAAGCAAGUCCAUAGUCAAGAAAGAGCGUGAACAGAGCUCCUGCGAGGCCAUUGAUGGCUUGAGCCAAGCAGUGGAUGUUAUUUUGGUGUGCUUCAAGCGGUGGUCGAUACAACGAC